GCUGGAAGUAUUUCACCCCACGAAGACAACCGAACAUAUAUCACGAGUUGAAAGGGAGACAAAAGUUCGAAGGAAAAAGGCGACACAUAUGCGAAAGACAAGUUCCGGCGCCGCUGUGUUUGACAACAUUCGACUCAAAUGGACAUUGAAAGCCUAAAGGGAGGGGAAAGGAAAAAAAAAGUUAAAAAUGAAAAAAAAAAACGUCUCACAUCAAUUAGAAAGGCGUCUAACGGUAACGUGUCGCGUUGAGUCGAAAUGAAAUUGUGCGUGGAUUGGUCACGUCUGGAGUGUGGCGGUCACGGGACGAACCCAGCUCGAAAGAAUCCUGACAGAAACAAGGCGCCUUUUCAUCCGUUCCAUGACAUGCACGCCUCGCACUUUCGCUCCGUCCAACAACAACAACAACAACAACAAUUCAAAUUGUGCUCACCCUGUCGUCGCCGCCGAUGGAUUGACGAAGUUGCAAACCCCCAAACGGAAAUCCACCAGUCGAGUAAAAAAGACCGGCGAUGGAGGAAUUACAUUCAGGAAUCACUGGGAGCAGGAAUCAUCCGACCCGCCUCUUCACCCGCCGGGGCAGGACUUCUCUUCACCCAGAAGACGGACAAGACCCCGGGUCCUUGCGCAGACUAUAGAGGUGUGUUGCCAUUCUCAGUUCCCAACGUCACUUUCUCUGCCUUCCCAACUGACUGUGUUGAAGCCCAUCAUGUGUGUACUGCUGACCCUCAAUGUGAAGAGUUAUACCAGGGGUUAGAGCUGUGCACAGAUAAGGCUUCUGUGUCACCUAUUGGGGAGCAGGCAGUGACCGACUGUCUGCGGAGACAGGAUGCCCUGCUGACCAAACACCCCUCUUUGUUGGCUUGCAAGUGCGACCGAGGCUUCCGCAAGGAGAAACAGUGCGUGCAAAUAUACUGGAGAGUUCGUCUGCUGCCAGGGGAGGAUGAGUUGGAAACGUCUCCCUAUGAAAACACACAAAUGGAUAGUGGCACGGCCUCCUUAGUGGCAGCCUUGCCUGUCAUUCAAGGUGAUGUGGAAAACCAGUGCCUGAAAGCGGCUCAGGACUGUGGCCUAUAUGAGAAGUGCGGUGCUCUCCGAUCAGAGUAUGUUCUGGCAUGCACCAAGAAGGUACCUGGAACCCAUCGAUGUAACCAGCACAAAUGUCACCGAGCUCUGAGAAGAUUCAUGGAGAAAGUACCGAAGGAAUAUAGCUUUGGUGUCCUUUUCUGCCCCUGCACAAACACUCUGUGUGGUGAGAGGAGGAGGAAGACCAUUGUACCCUCCUGUGCUUAUGACGACAUGGAGGGCCUGCAGCCCAACUGCCUCCACCAACAAAGCUUCUGCCGCAGGGACGCCCUGUGCAGGUCCAGAUUUGCUGACUUUAUUCAGAACUGCGAGCCAUCGCCACGAACAACCAGCGGCUGUCUGAGAGACUCGGCAGGUCUCUGCCUCCGAGCCUAUGCAGGACUCGUCGGUACUAUCAUGACUCCAAACUACAUUGGUAAUGACUCUGCAGCUGUAUCGUUGUCAUGCAACUGUCAAGGGAGCGGCAACCAAUGGCAGGAAUGUCUGAGACUCCGACAAAUGUUCUCCCACAACAUCUGCCUACGUAACUCGAUUAGUUGGAUGGGGAGCGCUGGCUCCCUGCCUGGAGAGAUAACCCCUCUUCCCGCUCCUGGACCCUCCCCACUGGUUCAGGAGGAUGCAAUGCUGACCGACAACCACUUACCAGACCGCGACAUUGCGGCGGAACACAAGGACGAGGAGGAAUCCAUCCAAAUACAGGCGAUUGAUGAAGGCGGCCAAUUUGAGGUCAUCCCACAGUACUCGGAGAGGGCCACUGUCACCAACUUGGGACCCCCGGUAGCUAGGGGAGCUAUGUAUAUUGUUGCUGCCCCUCUGGCACUGCUACUUCUUUAUUAUCUUUCUGCUUUUUUCUGUCACACUUACUUUGGAAUAGAGCAUCUGAUGAAAACAUGGUGAGAGAGCAAACAUUUGCAAACAUAAGUGUGCAGCAGGGCUAUAAAAAUGAACUUGACCUGAACUUGAUCCAUGUUCAUGAGGUGGACGGAUUCACGACUGUAAAAUUCAAAGAAACAGUAAAGACGUUUCUGUUGCUUCACAGUAUUUCCCCAGAACUUUGUUUCCAAUGUCUUUUAUCCCUA